UUCUCUUUUAAUAGUAUAGACUAGAUUUUGACCCGCGCUUUCGUAAAUUAUUUUUUGCUUUUCCAUUUAUUUACCCGCUUGUUUGUUUUGAGUUAUAUAUUUAUACUUGGUGUAUUAAUUUUAGGUUCGCUUCUAUUUUUAUUUUUUGAGUUUUCAGUUUGAUUUCGGUUUAUAGUUGUUCGGUUCGAGUGAUAAUUUUUUUUUGAUUAUUUAUGAGUUUGGGCUUGAAUUCGGUUUGGUUAGUUUUGGAUAUUUGUAUACCGAUUCAGUUCUCUAUUUUUUUUUGGCGACAUGCAUCUUCUAAGAUCAAGUGGUAGGCGGGUCUGAGUCGUUUCAAAGAGAUGCUCUGUCCGGCUGGAUCGGAUCUAUAUGGGGAAAAAAAGAGUACCCCUAAGUUCUCUAUUUAUAUGUCGAGGUUUAAAUUUGUUUCUAAAAUAUGUCUUGCAUUUGAUAAAUAACUGAUUUUUAAUAAUUGUUAAGGAUAAAUGUAUAAAUGAAAUAUUAAUUUGUCUAUAAUAAAAUCUAGCUAAGUUAAAAUUUUGCUACUUGUAUUUUUCUGUUGGAAGAAAAUGAAAUGCAAUUUAAAAUAAUUGUUGAUAAUUAUACAAAACUUACACUUUAUUACGUAUAAUUUUAACAAACAAAAGAUGAUUGUAUUUAUUUUAAAACAAUACUUUUGCAAUUUGAAAAUGCUCUUAAUUAAAUUUAUUAUAAGGGAAAAACAUUCUAGAUAUAUUGAUCAUUCUGAUAAUUAUUUUAAAAUUGUUUAAAAACUCCUUGGGCCUGAUUAAUACAAAACAAAGAAGUUCCAUUUUUAUGUUUAAAAAUUAAUCGAAUACAACUGGGUUUUACAAACUGAAACUCAAAAUGAGGAUAAUAAAAUGUUAGUGUAAGUUGGGUUUAUAACUUAUGUUGAUAUUUUUCAAUAUCACUCAGGCCCAUGGUUCAUCACUACCAACCGACAGAACAACAACCUGUCUUUUUGCCUUUCCAAAAUAAGCUUCCUCAGAAAAAUGAGUUCGUCUCUCUCUCAAAAUGCUUUGAUAACAUGAUGAAACAUGAUCCAUCAACACAGAUGGUUGAAGAUAAGGUUUGCAUGUCGAAUCCAAUGAAUGAUCUGAUUAGUCGGUUAAUUCUGUUUGUCUCGUAUAUGUCUGAAGAAGAUCUGAAAAAGUAUCCCUCAAGAAAAAACGAAGAACCGGAGUUAAAGGAUCAAGAAACAUCAAUCACUUCAGGCUGUGCAGUGACAUUUGUAUAGGCAAAGCUUUAUUCAUGUGACUCUAACCAAUAUCACAAAACAACAAACCUGAGAAAAGAUAAGUUUUCAUACAAUGGCAUAAAAAUUUCAACGCUUACAAUAACUAUAAUAGUGUUUCAAAAAAAAACAAUAACUAUAAUAUAUUUAAUAUUUGUAAAAUCCAAAUUUUAACUAAUGUUUUUUUUGUAAUUUUACAGUCAAAGUCUACACGUUGUAUGAUUGAUGAUGAAAGUUAUGAGGCUAAGUCCAACCAAGUCCAACCAAAUCCAUACCUAUACACAGAAAAAAAAAUCAAGAUGUAACUGAAACAAUAUAAUUGAGUAGACUAUGCAUUUUUCAGUUUACCUUCUUGUCAACGAAAACGUUUCACCAAAUUUCUAGUUUAUUUGCUCCCAGGUGUGGAUUACUUUCAA